UAUAACAGAAGAGUAGGCGCCACGCAAGGGCGCAAAUUUCCCCUCGCGAACACUGUGGAACCCUCUCUUCUCCAUCCUAAUCUCUACGAAUUGCUCCGAAUCUCCGUGACGAAUCCUCGCAACGGAGUAGUAAUUUGGCUGUGUCAAUUUUUCGUCUCCGAGCGAGUCGAACGAGGAAGGAACCCUAAUUCAUGCGAUUUGCUCGAUUUCGCCUUGGUUUUUGAUUGGUUUUCGUCUCCGAUGAGACCCAUAAGAUUGCCGGAGCCCCCGAGCGGCGCCGUGGGGAUGCCGGAGAUCUUCGAGGGCGGCGUUAAUGUCAUAAGAAGAGCCGUCGUGAUCGGGAAUGGCUUCGCCGGAGCCGAGAACCAGUGCUUCGGAUUGGUUCGUGCCCUAGGGCUCGCGGAUAAGCAAACGAUAUACCGUGUUACUAGACCGAGAGGAGGGAUCAAUGAGUAUCUCCAUUGGCUCCCAGUGUCUCUCCACAAAAUAGUAGACAUUCUGAUCAGACAGAUAUUUGGCAACUCUAGAUUUGGGACGGUGCUUCAUGGGAAGAAAUUGGUGCCGUUUCCUAUUCGAAAUGGUGGAAAUGUCGGUUUGUCAUCCAUCUUAGAAGCCGAUGCCAAAAAGAUUGCGGCCAUUGCUCGUGAAACUUUUGAUAAGGAAGGCCCCACCUUAGUAGUUGCUUGUGGUAGGGAUACCAUCUCAUUAGCGAGUUCAGUAAGACGUUUAGCUUUGGAAAAUGUCUUUGUCGUUCAGAUACAGCAUCCUAGGUCGCGUCUCGACAGAUUUGACUUGGUAGUGACUCCCCGCCAUGAUUACUAUGCUCUGACCGCCAGUGGACAGCAAGAGAUCCCUCGAUUUUUCCGUAGAUGGGUAACUCCACGAGAACCACCGGGCAGGAAUGUGGUUCUUACUGUAGGAGCACUACAUCAGGCUGAUUCUGCUGCACUCCGUAUUGCUGCUAAUGCAUGGCAUGAUGAGUUGGCCCCUCUCCCAAAGCCGUUACUAGUUAUAAACAUUGGAGGACCUACAAGGAAUUGUAGAUAUGGUGCAGACCUUGCCAAACAGUUGGUUAUCUCACUACACAAUGUGCUAACAACCUGUGGAAGUGUGAGAAUUUCAUUCUCUAGGAGGACUCCGCAAAAGGUGUCUGAUAUAAUAGUGAAAGAACUUGGUAGUCAUCCCAAGAUUUAUAUUUGGGAUGGAAGAGAUCCUAAUCCUCACAUGGGGCAUCUUGCGUGGGCUGAUGCAUUCAUUAUAACUGCAGAUUCUAUCAGUAUGUUGAGCGAGGCUUGCAGCACGGGGAAACCUGUUUAUGUGAUCGGAACUGAACAUUGCAAGUGGAAAUUCUCGGCCUUUCACAAGACUCUACGCGACCGAGGGGUAGUCCGUCCAUUCACCGGUUUGGAGGAUAUUUCAAAUAGCUGGAGCUACCCUCCCCUGAAUGACGCAGCUGAAGCUGCUAUACGGGUUCGUGAAUUACUCGCAGAACGAGGAUGGUCGCUGGGACGCUAAUAGUCGAAAACAGAAACUUAAGAUGAGAUGAGAAAAACUGUUUUUUUUCUUUUUUUUUCUUUUUUUUUUUUCCCCAGGGUGUGGAGAUUAGGUCCUAUACCUUUUUUGAGUUUCUAAUAUAAAUUUGUAUUCAGGUUGUAUUGUUUUUGAGAUGCAAAAAAUAGUAUGGUUUGAUGCCAAGUUUUGAUUGGCUAAAUACGGAUUUUUAGUUGAAUUUUUGUAAUUACUCAAAAUUUACUUCACCUUGCAGGCGAAAGUGAAACUGUAGUAACAAUUUUGCUUUUGAGUUAUGAUCGACUAUGCAGGUUUUCAGUUUA